AUGGAUUUUUCUAAAUUAAGUAAUAGUCAACGACGCUUUGUAGAAGAUCAUUUAUAUGGAUAUACUGAUACACGAUAUCAAUGUGUUCGUGCAUGGUUUAUUGAUAUUGAAAAGGUGGCUAAAGUAAUUCACCUUGUUAAUGAUUCUGUAUUAUUACAACUUGCGAUUCGAAAUUUGCUUGAUGAGUCUAAGCAAUGGUAUACACAAAAUCAACAUCAGUUAACUACGUGGUCGGAUUUUAAGCGAGAAAUGAUAUCGCGCUUUGAUAAAGGUUCAAAUUCGCAUAAUAUAAAUGAUCUUUCACAAUCGAAAACAGUGAUGAGAGAACGUCGACGCAAUAUUGUAUGGCAUCCACAACAUAUUGCAUACUAUCGUUUAUAUCACAGUACUACUUCAUCUUCUACAAAUCAUAACAAGAACUUCUCGUUACCUUCCACUUCAUUUUUCGAACUAGAACCAUCUCAAAAUCUGUGGUGUGACGGUACGGAAUCGUGGCAUAUUCACGAGAUUAAACCUCAACGUGAAUCAUUUGCACGAACACAAUCUGUAAUGAUGCUUGUUCCUCCAUCACAUAGAAAUUAUUCUAUAGAACAUAAUGCCGAACAACCAUUAACAGUCAGCGUUGUUAAUCUUUCUCACACAUCGACAUAUUCAUCCAUUCAAUUAAAUGACCCAAGGUGGCACGUUCAUGAAGCACCAUCACAGAAUCAGUCAUUCGUACAUACAUCUUCCUCAGAAAAGGUGAACAACGUGCCAGAAAUUACUCAUUUUCUGGAACAUCAACCAUCAAAAUGUAUUCUCAAGUCAAAACUGCACAAUAAUCGAUCUGGUUUAAUAAUGAAGACUAAAAAAUCUCGUUAUGCACAUUUUUUACGCUUUUGGAAAAACGUAUGUCUUUCUCUUUUCUUAUCAAUUUGGAUUUUCGGUACACCAUCAAAAGACUUUGGACACUACUCGAUAAACAACUUACUAUCAUCUAUACAUGACUUUCACGUCUCUAAUUGGAUCCUAUUCAUAAAAACAUUCUUCGUUAGUCAGUUCAAGUCGUUAUUCGUUUAUUUGAAUCCAUUCAUCAAAACCAUCGCCACUCUUCGUACUCUUGAAUCGUUAUUACUUUAUCCUACUACAUGCUGA